UCUGUUUCCUGGAUUCCUGAAUAAGUACCAUUGUAACAACACUGCUGUUACCUUCACUGUCUAUGAUUGUCCUAGAUAGACAACAACAUCAUCAAAAUCUCCAAAUUCAGUGUCAAUGGCUUUCAGAAAAGCAGUAAAGGGGACGCUAAUAGGGGGUGGAGCUGUAGCAGCAGCUUUCGGCCUGUCACAGUUCUUUGAAUACAAGAAGAAUCAGGCUCGAUUGGCUUAUGUCGAGGCGCAUGGUGAGUUAAAAAUGCCUUUUAAAGAUGCUCUACCAACAAGAGAGGAGCAGCUUUCAGCACUGCGAAACACAGAAGAGUUUGAUGUUUUGGUGGUGGGGGGCGGAGCCACUGGUGCAGGAUGUGCCUUAGACGCUGUCACACGGAAUCUUAAGACCGCCCUCGUAGAACGGAGUGAUUUCUCAUCGGGCACAAGCAGCAGAAGCACCAAGCUCAUUCACGGAGGAGUCCGCUAUCUGCAGAAAGCCAUCAUGAAACUAGAUUAUGAGCAGUACAUGAUGGUGAAAGAGGCCCUUCAUGAACGCGCCAAUCUGUUGGACAUCGCCCCCCACCUGUCUGCCCCUUUACCCAUAAUGCUUCCUGUUUACAAGUGGUGGCAGCUGCCAUAUUACUGGGCUGGCAUUAAGAUGUACGACCUGGUGGCUGGCUCACAAUGUCUGAAGAGCAGCUAUGUUCUGAGUAAGAGCAAAGCACUGGAGCUCUUCCCUAUGCUGAAGAAAGACAAACUCGUGGGAGCCAUUGUCUACUAUGAUGGACAGCACAAUGAUGCCCGUAUGAACCUGGCCAUCGCUCUAACAGCAGCCCGUCAUGGUGCUGCCAUUGCUAAUUACACAGAGGUGGUUCAUCUGCUAAAGAAACCAGACACUACAACAGGCCAAGUGAAAGUAUGUGGUGCCCGCUGCCGAGACGUUAUCACAGGGCAGGAGUUUGACAUUCGUGCCAAAUGUGUCAUCAAUGCUACCGGCCCAUUCACUGACUCACUGCGCAAAAUGGACAACCAGAAAACUGCCAACAUCUGCCAGCCAAGUGCAGGAGUUCACAUCGUCAUCCCUGGAUAUUACAGCCCAGACAACAUGGGGCUGCUGGACCCUGCCACAAGUGACGGGCGUGUCAUCUUCUUCCUGCCUUGGGAGAAGAUGACUAUCGCCGGGACGACGGACACGCCCACUGAAGUCACAGCCCAUCCCACCCCUAUGGAGGAUGACAUCAAUUUUAUCCUGAGCGAAGUCCGGAAUUACCUCAGCCCUGACGUGGAAGUGCGACGAGGGGAUGUCCUGGCGGCCUGGAGUGGCAUUCGUCCGCUGGUCACUGACCCCAACUCCAAAGACACGCAGUCCAUCUGUCGUAACCACAUCGUCAACAUCACUGACAGUGGACUCAUAACCAUUGCUGGUGGGAAGUGGACCACCUAUCGCUCCAUGGCCGAGGAGACGCUUGAUGCAGCAGUAAAGGCUCAUAACAUUUCGGCUGGGCCCAGCAGGACGGUUGGCCUGUUGCUGGAGGGUGGGAAGGACUGGACUCCCACCCUGUAUAUUCGCUUGGUUCAGGACUAUGGCCUGGAGAAUGAGGUUGCCCAGCACCUGGUAGCCACCUACGGAGGGCGUGCAUUUGAAGUGGCCAAGAUGGCCCAGGUGACAGGCAAGAGAUGGCCUAUACUGGGGAAACGCCUUGUAUCUGAAUUUCCCUACAUAGAGAGUGAGGUGCAGUAUGCUAUAAAGGAGUAUGCAUGUACAGCCAUUGAUAUGAUUGCUCGCAGAACACGCCUGGGCUUUCUGAAUGUACAGGCUGCAGAUGAAGCUCUGCCACGUAUCGUUGAGAUCAUGGGCAAAGAACUGCAGUGGACAGAGCAAAAAAAGAAAGAAGAGCUGGAGGCAGCAAAGAAGUUUCUGCAUCUAGAGAUGGGUUAUAAAGCUCGCUCUGAGCAGCUCAGCAAGACUGCAGAGAUCUCACUUACACCCCAAGAGGUGGCAAGGUAUAAAAAGCGCUUUUACAAAUUUGAUAAGGAGAGUAAAGGCUUCAUAACGACACUGGAUGUCCAGCAGGUGCUCGAGAAACUCAGCAUCCAAAUUGAUGAAAAUUCCCUCCAUGAGAUCCUCAAUGAGGUUGACCUCAACAAAAACGGACAGGUGGAGCUGGAUGAGUUUCUACAGCUCAUGAGUGCGGUCCAGAGGGGGCAUAUCUCUGACAGUCGUCUGGCUAUCCUAAUGAAGACUGUGGAGGAGGGGUUAGAUCUUAGAGGACCCAUCUCGGUUGACCGCAGUGGAGGCGGAGUUUGAAUCCCAACUACAAACCAAAACAUCCACCAGACAAUAGCUCGCAUUUAAAAUUGGAUAAACACCAAAAAUGCUGACCGCUGUGCCCACACUGGUCAGAUCACAAGCACAUCCUGUCAUGAGCUCAUCCAAAUAGUUGGCUGCCUUUGAUUUUUAAUCCUUAUAUAAUCUUUUUUUUUUAAUUAUUAUUCUUCUAAAGCUUUUUGUUUUAGCAUGCUCAAUUUAAACUUAUUUUAUUGAAAGAAAUUAUCUUAUUAGAGCAUAAUAUAUUCUUGAAAUAUUUCAAAGAGUAUCUAUAUUUAUCUCUGUCUAUAUAUUGUAUGUUGUUAAUGCAUGCUAUACCACAUUGUGUAACCUGGUAAGCAUGAACAGGUUGUCUUUUUAAUAUUUCUCUGAGCAGCUUAACCCAAUUGUGUUGUGCCAUUUUAUUAAUGCAAAUGACUUGCUACUGAAAACAGUAAGGUGAGAUUCAAGGGCUCCUGGUGUCUUCUAAAGUAAAUAAUGCACUAUAUAUGUGAAUUUCGUAAGUUUACACUGCAUUCUGCUUUUUUGUUACUGUUUUGAAUAACGGUGAUGAAACAUGUUUGUUUUCUUGUAUUGUUUCACUCCCUUUAUGUAAUAAUGCAUUUUCUAAGAGAAAAGUAUUUAUUCAAAGUCUAAAAUUUCAAUCAUACUUUUUGAAAAGGUGUCAUCUUAAUGUUUUAAAUGAUAAGACUGUGUUGAAAUCAGUUAACUUUUUAAUAUUGUAUACAGAUAGUAUUUAGUAAGUUCUUUGGCAGUAUGUGUACAGUGUUUUGAGGCCGUUGUUGCAUCUGGUUCAACAGGAGGAUUUUACAGAGAAUAAUGAAACAUAAGAGCACUUGAUGAAAUGUCAAAUAUUUUAUCCCUAAUUCAAAUUCAUGAACAGUCAAAAUUCCAUUUCACUAAUGGUUAAUACUAAUACUAAUGGUUUGUUUCUUAUACAACCUUGCCUGUUAAAGGUAACUGGUUAUCCUCAAAUAAUACGAGAUAAAACACGUUAAUGACAUGAAAAUAGGGAAACACUCUUUAACUGUAAACUUGAUGUAAAGGGAAUGUACUUAAUGUGCCUUGCUCUCUUGGGACUUAAUGAACUUUGCAUGUCGAAACGCACACUCCGACAAACACCAACAGGGCCCAAUAUUUGACUUGACUGUAUUUUUGUCGUUUUAACAUGUUUAUGUUUUUUUAAUUUAUUCUUAUUUUCUUUAUUUAUGUUCAGAUUUUCAGACCUAAAAUGCUUUAAAAUGAACUCAUCAAAUACAAAAUUGCUUUAAGAUUGAUGAUUUUUGUACGAUGAUGCUGCUCAAGUCUUGUAAUCUGUUUUGUUCACUAUGUAAUGACCUGAUUGGUCCAUGGUGAUCAAUGUGUUGACUGAAAGCUAAAAAAAGACCACAGAGAUUGUCAUAGAUCUUCUGGGAUCACGUUUGUUUGUUGGGUUUUAACACAGUGCCAAGAGAGGGCUAAGAGCUGAACUGUCAGCUUUUGUACAUGAAAGCAAUAGCAGUUAAACUAAUCAUUAAUUGUUUGUACUGACAGGAUGUAAUUUCAGAAUGAUCCUGAUUGAAAGAGAUUCGUAUUCUGUGAAAAAAUCUUACAGUAAAUCUAUCUGCUAAGACUGAGAAACACAAUUCUAUAAUUAAAUGUAUCUGGUUGCCAAGA